GCGAUGCAGAAGAUGUACGAGCGAGAAAUUUUCGACUUCUCUCUGUGUGAUCAAUCCUAUUUAUGGAAGACGAAGGAGAAUUACUCUCUCUCCUUUGGUUCAGGCAGGCUCAAUGUGAACGUGAUGCGAUGGAUAUGGAAUCUGAAGCUUGGUAUUGGAACUAAUUGCGGUGAAUUUGGAUAAGAAAAUAAUGAAGUCUGGGAGUGCUGCCAAGCCGAUUGUUGAUGCCUUGCUGCAGAGGUUCCUUCCACUUGCUCGACGUCGUAUCGAAACUUCUCAGGCUCAAGUAACGCAUGAUGGACACAUUCGACCAUCUGACCCAGCCUAUGAUCAAGUGUUGGACUCCUUGGCUAUGGUUGCACGACACACUCCCGUACCUCUUCUGGAGGCUCUUCUGAGAUGGAGAGAGAGUGAAUCUCCCAAAGGUGCAAACGAUGCAUCAACAUUUCAGAGAAAGCUUGGAGUAGAGUGUAUUUUUUGCUCUGCUUGUAUUCGUUUUGUGGAAUGCUGCCCACAAGAAGGAGUAACAGAGAAGCUAUGGAUUGGGCUUGAAAAUUUCGUCUUUGACUGGUUAAUAAAUGCAGACAGGGUUGUUAGCCAGGUGGAGUAUCCUUCAUUGGUUGAUUUAAGGGGGCUUCUUCUAGACUUAGUUGCACAUCUCCUUGGUGCUCUCUCUCGGAUCAGAUUCAGUUCUGUCACGGAACGCUUUUUUAUGGAGCUAAAUACACGUAGAAUAGAUACCAGUGCUGCUCGAAGUGAAACACUUAGCAUCAUAAAUGGGAUGCGGUAUCUGAAGCUGGGGCUUCACUUCCAGAUUAAAACAGAUGGUGCACUGAAUGCUUCAGCUUCCUUUGUGGCUAAAGCCAAUCCACUUAAUCGUGCCCCUCAUAAACGCAAGAGUGAACUUCAUCAUGCCUUAUGCAAUAUGCUCUCAAAUAUUUUAGCACCUCUGGCAGAUGGUGGAAAAGGUCAAUGGCCUCCUUCAGGUGUAGAACCUACACUUCUUCUAUGGUAUGAAGCUGUGGCACGAAUAAGGAUUCAGCUCAUGCAUUGGAUAGAUAAACAGAGCAAACAUAUUUCUGUUGGUUAUCCUUUAGUUACACUUCUUCUCUGCCUUGGCGAUCCUAAUCUUUUCCUCAAUAACUUUGGUCCUCACAUGGAACAACUGUAUAAGCAUCUAAGGGACAAGAACCAGCGAUUCAUGGCCAUAGAUUGUUUACAUCGUGUUCUGAGAUUUUACUUGAGUGUUCAUGGUGAUUCUCAACCUCCAAACCGUGUAUGGGAUUAUCAAGACAGUGUGACAUCACAGCUUCUGACAGUUCUAAGAAAAGGCAUGCUUACACAGGAUGUUCAACAUGAUAAACUAGUUGAGUUCUGUGUAAGUAUUGCUGAGCAUAACCUUGAUUUUGCAAUGAACCAUAUGAUACUGGAAUUGCUGAAGCAAGAUAGUCCGAGUGAAGCUAAAGUCAUUGGCCUCCGUGCUUUGCUUGCUAUUGUCAUGUCUCCAAGCAGCCAGCAAGUUGGCUUGGAAAUUCUUGAUGUUCGUGGUAUCGGCCACUACGUUCCAAAAGUGAAAGCUGCAAUUGAAUCCAUUUUAAAAACUUGCCAUAGGACCUACAAUCAGGCUCUUUUGACUUUUCCAAGGACUGCAAUAGAUUCUAUAACAAAGGAGAAGUCCCAUGUAUAUCUGUUCCGCUCAGUCCUGAAGUGCAUACCAUAUCUGAUUGAAGAAGUUGGUAGAAAUAAUAAAAUUACUGAGAUAAUACCUCAACAUUGCAUCAGCAUUGAUCCUGGUGUACGUGAAGAAGCUGCACAGGUACUAAAUCGGAUAGUAAGAUACCUACCACAUCGCCGUUUUGAAGUUAUGAGAGGAAUGGCAAGCUUUAUUUUACGUCUUCCUGAUGAUUUCCCGCUUCUCAUACAAACAUCUCUGGGACGUCUUCUGGAACUCCUGCGUUUAUGGAGAGCAUGUAUAUAUGAUGAUAAGAUGGAGGCUGAUAAUUCAGAGGUAAAGCGUGUGCAGAGAACUGAGGGAUUCAAGAAGUCUUCUUUCCGUCAUCCACAGGAAGUAGUUGAAUUCCAAGCAUCAGAGAUGGAAGCAGUUGGUCUUAUUUUCUUAAGUUCUGUGGAUGGUCAGAUCCGACACACAUCAUGGGAGUUACUACGUUGUGUUCGUGCUUUACGAAAUGACACACUUCAAUUUUCAAAUCAUGAUCAUGCAGAUCAUAGUUUGAGAUACGAGGCUGAACCUAUAUUCAUAAUUGAUGUUUUAGAGGAGCAUGGGGAUGAUAUUGUUCAGAGUAGUUACUGGGACUCUGGGUGCCCUUUUGAUAUGAGGCGAGAAUCUGAUACCAUGCCUCCCGAUGUUACUCUACAAUCCAUACUGUUUGAGAGUCCUUGUAAGAACCGGGUGGCUCGAUGUCUUAGUGAGCUUGUAAAAUAUGCUGCUGAGCUCUGUCCAAACCCUGUUCAGGAAGCAAAGUCGGAAAUUAUUCAGCGUCUUGCCCAUAUUACACCAGCAGAACUUGGUGGAAAGGCUCAUCAGUCUCAGGAUACAGACAACAAGUUAGACCAAUGGUUGAUGUAUGCAAUAUUUGCAUGCUCAUGCCCCCCUGAUAGUCGGGAUGGUGGGGAUUCAGCAGCGACUAAGGAAUUAUUCCACCUUAUAUUCCCAUCCUUAAAAUCUGGUUCAGAGGCACAAAUACAUGCUGCAACUACGGCUCUUGGCCACUCACAUCUGGAAGUAUGUGAAGUCAUGUUCAGUGAGCUUUCAUCUUUUAUUGAUGAGGUCUCUACGGAGACAGAAGGGAAACCAAAAUGGAAGAGUCAAAAACUUCGCCGUGAUGAACUUCGUAUGCAUAUUGCAAAUAUAUACCGUGGUGUUGCUGAUAAUAUCUGGCCUGGAACUAUAAUCCGGAAACCAGUUUUUCAUCUACACUACUUUAAGUUUAUUGAAGAAAUAACUAGACAAAUAUUAACAGCACCUGCUGAGAACUUUCAGGAGAUGCAACCGCUCCGUUAUGCACUUGCUUCUGUACUGAGAUCUCUGGCCCGUGAAUUUAUUGAUUCAAAAAUUGAGAAAUUUGAUGUUAGAGUAAGAAAGCGGCUGUUUGACCUGCUUCUCUCCUGGAAUGAUGAAACUGGCAGUAUAUGGAAUCAGGAUGGUGUUAAUGAUUAUCGACGUGAAGUUGAACGCUACAAGUCUUCUCAACACAGUCGAUCUGCAGACAGAAUGUCGUUUGAAAGAGAAUUGGGUGAACAGGUUGAGGUAAUCCAGUGGGCUAUCAUGAAUGCAUUGGCUUCACUUUUAUAUGGCCCAUGCUUUGAUGACAAUGCAAGAAAGAUGAGUGGUCGUGUGUUAUCUUGGAUCAAUAGCCUAUUCACUGAACCUGCAGCCAGGGUUCCAUUUGGUCAUUCACCAGCUGAUCCAAGAACUCCAUCCUAUUCGAAAUACACUGGAGAAGGUGGUCGAGGAGCAACUGGACGCGACAGGCACAGAGGAGGCCAGCGUCGAGUUUCACUUGCAAAACUAGCAUUAAAAAACCUUCUCAUCACUAAUUUGGAUCUAUUCCCAGCUUGCAUUGAUCAGUGCUACUACUCUGAUGCUGCAGUUGCUGAUGGCUACUUUAGUGUGUUGGCUGAAGUUUAUAUGAGCCAAGAGAUACCAAAAUGUGAAAUACAGAGGCUACUAAGCCUGAUUCUCUACAAGGUGGUGGAUCCUUCCAGACAAAUUCGUGAUGAUGCCCUUCAAAUGCUUGAAACACUUUCAGAUCAUGAGUGGGCUGUGGAUGGGAUUGAGGGGCCUGGAAGUUAUAGGGCUGCUGUUGUUGGAAACCUUCCUGACUCAUAUCAACAGUUCCAAUAUAAACUCUCUUGCAAACUUGCAAAGGAUCAUCCCGGAUUGAGCCAGCUUCUUUGCGAAGAAAUUAUGCAGAGGCAGCUUGAUUCUGUAGAUAUAAUUGCACAGCAUCAGGUCUUAACCUGCAUGGCUCCAUGGAUUGAGAAUCUCAAUCUCUGGAAACUGAAGGACUCUGGUUGGAGUGAUAGAUUAUUGAAAAGCCUAUAUUAUGUUACAUGGAGACAUGGCGAUCAGUUUCCGGAUGAAAUAGAAAAGCUUUGGAGCACAAUUGCUAGCAAACCUAGGAACAUAAGUCCAGUAUUAGAUUUCUUGAUCAUGAAAGGAAUUGAAGACUCUGAUUCAAAUGCGUCUGCAGAGAUAUGUGGUGCAUUUGCUACAUAUUUCUCUGUUGCCAAAAGGGUUAGUUUAUAUUUAGCCCGUAUUUGCCCUCAACGUACUAUUGAUCACUUGGUUUACCAAUUGGCCCAGCGGAUGCUUGAGGAUAAUGUAGAACCUUUGAGACGAAGUUUAAAUAAGGAUGGAAGUGGGAAUUUCAUUUUGGAAUUUUCUCAGGGUCCUUCUGUAAGUCAAGCUGCAUCAAUUGUAGACAGCCAGACUCAUAUGUCACCUUUACUAGUACGAGGAUCUCUUGAUGGUCAAUCCAGAAGUACAAGUGGAACCUUGAGCUGGAGAUCAGGAACUGUAGGAGGCAGGAGUAUAUCUGGGUCCUUAAGUAUGCCAUCUGAAUUGAAUAUUGUUCCUGUAAGUGCUAGUCGGUCUAGCCAACAUCUUCCACCAAUGGUGAACAUGUCAGGGACACACCUAGGAGUCCGAAAUUCAACUGGAACUCUGCGAGGCCGCCAUGGAUCUCGAGACAGUGCAGACUACCUUAUUGAUACACCAGCCUCUAGUGAAGAUGGUUUCCAUUUUGGGGCUGGAAUUCACAGUGUUAACACAAAAGAACUUCUUUCGGCUUUACAAGUGCAUCAACAGCACUCUCUCACUCGUGCAGACAUUGCAUUAAUUCUACUUGCUGAAAUUGCUUAUGAGAAUGAUGAGGAUUUCCGGGAGCAUUUGCCUUUGCUCUUUCAUGUCACUUUUGUCUCUAUGGAUAGUUCACAGGAUAUUGUGUUGAAGCAUUGCCAACACCUGCUUGUCAAUCUCCUUUAUUCGCUUGCAGGCAGGCAUUUGGAGUUGUACGACGUUGAAAAUAAUGAUGGUGAGAACAAGCAGCAGGUUGUGAGCCUCAUAAAAUAUGUACAGUCCAAGCGAGGUAGCAUGAUGUGGGAGAAUGAGGACCCCACUGUAGUAAGAACAGAGCUACCAAGUGCAGCUCUCCUUUCUGCUCUUGUGCAGUGCAUGGUAGAUGCUAUCUUCUUCCAAGGAGAUCUGCGAGAAACCUGGGGAGCAGAGGCAUUGAAAUGGGCUAUGGAGUGCACAUCCAGACACCUUGCUUGCAGAUCACACCAGAUUUACCGUGCUCUAAAACCUCCUGUGACAAAUGAUGGCUGUGUAUCUCUGCUAAGGUGUCUUCACCGGUGCUUGGGAAAUCCAGUACCAGGCGUUCUAGGCUUCAUUAUGGAAAUCCUAUUGACGUUGCAGGUGAUGGUAGAGAAUAUGGGGCCACAGAAGGUUAUACUCUAUCCCCAGCUUUUCUGGGGUUGUGUUGCUAUGAUGCAAACAGACUACGUCCAUGUUUACUGUCAGGUGCUGGAACUCUUUUCUCGAGUAAUUGACCGUCUGUCAUUCCGGGAUAGAACUACAGAAAAUGUGCUGCUUUCUAGCAUGCCUCGCGAUGAGCUUGAUUCUAAUAUUGGCGACACUUCAGACUUUCGACAUCUGGGCAAACCAUCUCCCUUAAACUCAAAGGCCCAAUUGUUUGAAGGAGUGCAGCCAUUGGUUCUUAAAGGACUUAUGUCAACUGUCAGUCAUGCUGUGUCAGUUGAAGUCCUAUUGCGUAUCACUGUGCCUAUGUGUGAUUCGAUCUUUGGCGAUGCAGAAACACGACUCUUGAUGAACAUCACUGGAUUACUUCCCUGGCUCUGCUUACAGCUUAGUCAGGACACAAUGGUUGGGCCUGCUUCACCUCUCCAACAACAGCAUCAAAAGGCAUGCUCUGUUGCAACCAAUAUAGCAGUCUGGUGUCGAGCAAAAUCAUUGAAUGAGCUAGCUGCUGUUUUCAUGGCUUAUUCGCGUGGCGAGAUCAGAAACACAAUUACACUUCUAGCUUGCAUUUCGCCAUUAAUAUGCAAUGAAUGGUUUCCUGAACACUCAGCCCUCGCAUUUGGGCACCUCCUGCGGCUCCUUGAGAAAGGACCAUUAGAGUAUCAGCGCGUCAUUCUUCUCAUGCUCAAGGCAAUGCUUCAACACACUCCAAUGGAUGCUGCUCAGACUCCCCACAUGUACACCAUUGUUUCACAGCUGGUGGAGAGCACUAUGUGUUCGGAGGCACUUAGUGUGUUGGAAGCCCUCUUGCAGAGCUGUAGCUCCCAUCCACAUGACUCAGGGGCAUUCGAUAAUGGCUUCAGCACGACAGAAGACAGGUUUAAAUCUCGGAGUAGCUCAUUCCAAUUUGCAAUGGGAGUUGGAUCAGGUUCAUCCGUAACUGAAUCUGGCUUUGCACCAAGAGAUGUAGCACUGCAGAACACAAGGUUGAUGCUUGGCCGCGUGCUUGAUGGCUGUGCACUUGGGAAGAGAAGAGAUUACAGAAGGUUAGUUCCUUUUGUAACAAGCACUGGUAAACCAUAAAUCUCUGAUGAUUCUUCUUGUUUCCCCACCCCCUAAACCUGCACUCAACAGAGUUUUUGAGUCCUGGGAGCUAGGCUUUGUAUAUAGAUAAAAUCUACUAGGGCAUUCAUGGUUUGGUUAGGUAUAGGUAUAGUUAAUUCAAAUGUUAAUAAGUUCCACCCUCCCUUACCCCCAAUUUUGUACCAUUUUCAAAUGGUUUUUGCUGGGCCAAAUGCCCUAAUGUAACUUCAUUUUGUUACCA